AUGGAUAUAAUUCGUACACGGUGUGGACAGUGUAAAUACACCUUACUUUCUUUUCAUAUCAGCCAUGGAUUAGUUUACGACAGCUGUGAUAACAGAACAGUACAGACCGACCAAGCGCAGCAAGAUGAGCAGAAGACGCUGCACUUUGCCGUAAUUCUCGCCGCGACCGAGAAAAACGACCAAUCCAAUAAAUGUGAAAUAUUGAACUGGAACAAUCUUCGAAAUCUGUUGGCCAUACAGUGGGUGGUAAAUAAGCUAAAUACGCCUAACAAGAACAAUCAGAAGUUUAUCACAGGGUACGAUAUAGAUUUUCAUGUAUUUGAUGACUGUGGCCAGCCAGAUAUUGUAUUUAAACAUAUCACGGACAUUUUAGAGCCAUCGCUGACCACCCACUUCAACGAAUGCCCGGACAUUCCUAAAAGAACCUAUCCACAUUUCUUUGCUGUCUUGACUCUUGGCAAUGCUUCUGUGACUGACACCAUACUGGAAGUUGCAAAGACGGUUUCCAUUCCGGUUGUUAAUCCUAAAGUCAAUUUAGAUUCCUUCAAGAAGUACCGAAACUUUAUCAGCUUGUCAGCUCUGAUCGAUUUUCAAGCUCAGGCUAUACUUAAACUUCUACAGAAGUUAAAAUGGACCUACAGCGGUAUUAUUUACUCCGAUACGGAAUUCGGACAACAAAUGAAAGAUCGCCUUAUGUCGAAUGCUGCAACUCAUGGCAUUUGCUUCGCUUUCAACGAAAACACGUCUAGUAUUAACCGGGUCGAUUCCAAAAUUUCCUCUGCCAUCAAGAAGAAUCGCAUUAUAACUAUUUUUAACAACACGGUAAAAAGCGAAAAGUCCUCAAAAACUAUCUUUAACAUACUUAAUUUCUGGAAUGGACAUUUUAAGAAAGUUGGAACGUUCAGUCAGGAUUACCAAUUAAAGUUUUCAGUAAACGAAAUAAAAAUGACAGAUGAAAAACAUAGUGUCGUCACAGGAAAUAACCUCCCGAAAUCCUUGUGUUCUCAACUCUGUAAGGAAUGCGAACAGCCGGAAUUUAGGGGAAGAAUUGCUUAUAUUCCCGGGGAUAUUCUCUUAUUAGGAAUCUUUUCCAUACACGACUCAGGCCCUGGAUUUGAAUGUGGAGAAUUCAGGAAGGAGUCCACUGAUGCCAUCGCUAGUGAGGCUUUCCUUUACACCAUUAAAAAUUUACAAAAGAUUAAUCCUAACAUCACAGUGGGAGGUAUCGUCAUCGAUGAUUGCUACAACUCAAUUCAAACCACCAUGAACAUCACCAUGAUUCUCUCUGGUAAAAAGAAGUUAUUUGACCUUAAAACUGGUGACAUAAUUGAUACGAAAAAGAUUGUCGCUGUUAUUGGGCCGUUGUCAAGCGGUGUCACUAAAUCUGUGGCUGAUAUACUGACUCAUGAGAAAACGAUAAUGAUUUCCUACGCUGCCUCUUCCUACGACUUGGAUGAUAGGAUUUCUUACCCUUAUUUUCUGCGUACAGUGCCCAGCGAUGUUCAGCAAGUAAAUGCUAUCGUAGCUCUGCUCGAAAAACUGAAGUGGAGAUACGUGGGAAUGAUCUACUCCAAUAACAAUUAUGGCGCAAAAGCUAAAGAGCUUUUCCUUUCGUCCGCGCAAAAGAAUCGAAUAUGUGUGCCCUCACCAAAAUCUAUCGAGGAAAGUUCCGAAAAAGCCAGGUCUUCCGAAAUGGAGAACGUCCUUGAUGAACUGAUGAAGGACCAGGUGAAAAUAGUUGUGUACUUUGGAACGAAUUCUCGAGUCACAGAUCUCAUCCAGGCACUGAAAAGAAAAAACAUGGAGAACGUCUUUGUUUUCAUCGGGAGUGAAACGUGGGGUACCACCCAGAUUGCCGAUCUGCAAGCUGUGGCCGGGUCGUUGACACUGACGCUAGAUGGCUCUAAAACCGCCGAUGCGGGACGCUUCGGACAGUAUCUGGAAAAACGAACUCUGAACUCGGCCACCGUGCACAACCGUUUCUUUAACAUGUUCUGGUACAACUUUCACAAGUGCAAUCCACCAAACGGUUUCCGGAACGUAUACGACAGAGUGUGCACUGGGCAGGAACGCUUCUCCGAGGAGGAUGCAAAAAAGCUGUCGCGGGACCAGCGCUCGAUACAGACAAUGAACGCUGUUUAUGCAGUGUACGAAGGCAUCAAGGAAUUUCAAAGAACGGAAUGCAUGUAUAUGAAAGAAAUCCCUUGCGAUCGAUAUUCUACUCAUGUCGACAAGUUUGUGUCAAUAGUGAAGAACAUUAAACUAAAUGGAUACGAUGACCCUUUUCAGGUUUUUGACACAAACGGCAACGGUCGAAAUACUUUUAAUAUUCAUAAUAUACAAAGAAAAGAGACGGAGUACUUCUACGAAGCGGUGGGAAAAUACAAUAUAGAAUAUAAUUUGGCACUCCGUAUGACAAGGUUUCGAUUUUACGACCGGCGUCUGCAGCAAAUCCCUUAUGUGAACGUAACUUGCGUUAGCCCCUACAAGUGUUGUGAUAAAGUGGAAGCACCUUCAACCAGUACAAAUCUGAGUCAGACGUCCAUUCGCACAGUCGACAUGAUCAUCUUGAUCCUUCUGGCUUUUCUCUUUAUAUUUUUUAUCAUCCUUGGCAUUUGCUUUGUCAUUUAUUACAGAAAAAAUCGGAAUGGAAAACCACGUUUAAACAGUUCUGCGUUCCAGAACAGACAAGUUGGCGUGGUCAAUAGGCCGGAUCCAAAUUCCAUAUCAGAAAAGCGCCCUCCGAUAGUCUAUAUUCGAUCAGAAGGAGCGCAAGAAGGACUUUCCAGUCUAGUACAGCCCAGUCUUCUCUCUCCUCCAAAAGACUUCUCUCGUGAAAACGAUGGGUUCAGUCUUCCUUCUCCUGUCUGGCCACUUCCGUCGACGACUCCUCGACCGUCUGCUUCUUCCUCUUCAGCUUCCUCUUCAUAA